AUGCCAGGGAGUCAAGAUCAAGCAAAGCCCCGCUCUCGGGCGUCAUCGACCGGGCGGCAGUACCGUACAGCUGACUACAUGGGCGACAACGAUCGAACUGAGGAGCUUCAAACCAACUCUCUUUACCGCGCAUUGUCUGGUUUGCUUAACUCGGACAAGUUUUCUGAUAUGGCCAUUCAUUGUAGCGGUCGUGAGUUUCCUGCACACCGCGCCAUUGUGUGCUCUCAAUCUUCAUUUUUUGACAAGGCAAUGACGAGCGGGUUCUCAGAAGCGGCGAGCGGUAUCGUCAACGUGCCAGAGGACGACCCAGAUAUACUAGAGAGGUUUUUGCAGUUCCUUUACACAGGGACGUACAAAGAGGAUGAUGUACCGGGAUGGGGACCACCGUCCGAGAUUCAAAAUCUGACGCCUGAGGAAGUUGAUGCCUUUUUAGCUACCGCUCCUGCAGGACCGGCAGGAACCCCCGCACUGGCUGAUCGGGAACAGAACGAUGCCGACAACGUCCAGGAUGAGACUGGGCCCCCCACCAGCGAUGCCCAAUCCGACACUGGAAGCAAUUUCUCGGAUAACUCCAAUUUUCAUCGCUCCGCAUCCGAUGAAUCCAACCACCCCGCAGAAGAAUACGCAGAGUUCGCACCCCAAGAGGAUCACGUCCAAGUCCUCGAUGGCACGGGGGCGGAGGCCGAAUUUCCUCUCAAUCAGCGGGAAAAAGAGCUUAACACCGGAGAGGAAAACGCGCUCGAAGGGAACCUUCGGUUUCUGCAAGAGAUUCGCAUCCAGCAGGGCUUCUUGUCCAUGCGGCUCUACUUCAUGGCGGACAAGUUCGACGUGCCUGCCCUGAAGCUCCUGGCGCGCGAUCGUUUUUACCGGGCUGCAGAGUUCUCCUGGUUCGACCACCCAAGCUUUCCCGCCGUGGUGGACGAACUGUACACAGGUACCCCGCCGGGCGACCUGGCGUUGCGGGAAACUGUUUGCCGACUGGUGGGCUGCAACAUCCAUUCGCAGGCGCAACGGAGUCGGUUGGACGAGGUGAUGCGCAAGCACGGGGACUUUGCGGUGGGCGUGCUGAAUUACUUUAUUAACUGGCAUCACAAGUAA